CAUCCUUCUUGAUAAGAGUAAGUAUAGGUUCAAGUUUUUUCAGUAUUCACUCAAGUUUUGUUUGUCAAAGAAGCCGGAACAGUGAAAAUAAAAUCUCCGUGAUGAUUGUUAGAAUAUUGUGUUUUCUAUUUGCCGUAUUAUUGACGGCUAAUAUUUGCAAUGCUGGUGUACCAUCGUCAAACUCUAAUGAACAAGCAGCUAGAGCUUUCCUCAAAGAAGCUAGUACAAAAUUUUUCGAAUACAAUGAUAACUUAGCUCAAAAACAAUUCCAAAUGUAUGAAGAUGACAGUGAUGAAGAAGCAGCAAAUGCUACCUAUAAAAACUUUUUCGCCAAAGCAAAACUAACUGUAGAAAUUUUUGAAGACUCAAAAAAAUUUGAUCAAUCGAAAUUUACCGAUCCUGAGUUGAAGUAUGUUUUUGAGAAUUUCAAGAAAUCUCCCGGCGUAUUUAUAUUGGGAGAAGAAAAUUUGUCAAAAAUACUUCAAUCAUUGACUUUGCUUGAAGAAUUAGCAAGUGACAAGGAUAUUCCUUCAUAUCACAAUAAAAGCAUUGAUCUUGCAUUUUUCCCUGAUAUUCAGGAAAUUUUUGCUAAAAGUAAUGACCCAGCUGAAUUGAAGUACUAUUGGAAAACAUGGAGAGACAAAAAUGGCGCUUGGGCUACUUCAUAUUUUGUGAAGUUGAUUAAACUCUUGAAGGAAGCUGCUAAAUUGAAUGAAAUCACGCCGUUGCAGUUGUGGCUCGAUGAGUACAAUAUCACCGAAAUGGAAAACGUUAUGACACAAAUGGAACCAUUUUAUCUUCAGCUCCACGGGUUUAUUCGCAAUCAAUUGCUCAAGAAAUAUGGUGAUUUAGUUAUCAAACCAAAGAAACCGAUUCCCCAUCACUUAUUCGAACAGGUAUUGGCUCAGACCUGGACUUCGGGAAGCAUCAUAGAUGACAAGUACCCCCACAAGGAUCUACCUCCCUACGACGAGAUUCUAAAGCAAAACAACUAUGAUACGUUGAAAAUGUUCAAAAUGGCCGAUGGAUUUUAUCGGUCGAUGGGAUUCAAUUCGAUUUCGGAAGAAUAUUGGACAAAUCAUAUAAAAAUGAAUUCGAAUGAAGAUGAGGGCGAUUGUAAGGCAAUGGUUUUCGAUGAAUCACCCAAUGUCUACUUGCGUUACUGUCAGAAAAUGGACUUCAGGAAGUUCUUGCAAGCUCAUGGUUAUAUGGGUGAAGUUUACUAUGCAAGAGAAAAGAUCGAUCUUCCAGCUUACUAUUUUGAUUCCUAUGGUCUGGAGUAUCCUGUGGGUGAAGCUGUCAUUUUGUCAGCAUCAACACCAAAACAUUUGAGUUCUAUUGGAUUAGUAACCCAAUUUAGAUUCACCGAUGAAGUCAAAAUGAAUCGUCUUUUGAGAAUGGGAAUCCAUACCUUGCUUAAUGCAAGAGUAUAUUUUGUUCACUCGAAAGUUAUGGCAGACUUAUUUGCUGGAAUAGUUGACAUCACGGAUCUAAAUAAACGUUAUUGGAAGUUGAUGGAGAAAUAUGUCGGAGUAGCACCUCCAAAUAAUCGUGGUCCUGACGCAUACGAUUUUCCAUUCAAAUUUUACACCAGUUUAAGUGCUAACGGAAAUGAACAAGCAAGUAAAUUUAUGGGAGAGGUUCUAGGAUACCAGAUUUAUGAAAAACUUUGUGAGAUCAGUGGACAAUACUCAAAAUCAAAGGAAUCAGAGCCAAUUAACAACUGUGAUUUCUAUGGAAGUGAAAAGGCCGGUGAAGCAUUGAAAAAAAUGAUGCGACUUGGAUCGUCGAAACCAAUGCGUGAGGUAUUGGCAACUAUUUUCCCUGAGAAUCCUACUGUUAAUGCUGAUAGUCUCAUAAAAUACUACACUCCUAUGAAAAAUUGGCUUAUUGAGAGAAAUCGUGAAGACAAUGUCAGUGUUGGUUGGAGACAUUCUAAAAAAAAGAUUUCAAUUGUGACAAAUUAUGAUGACGAAGAAUUAGUUCCACUCAAAUAACCAAAGUUUUGUUCAAAACAUAGCUAUGAAUAGCUAGUAAUGGAAUAAAGAGAAAGUCAAAUUUUAA